AUGGAAAACAUCUACCAACCAACAGAUAUUCCCAUCAUCAACGCACCCCACAACACCAUUCUUAACCCACAUUAUCACGGCCUCAUUCGAUUCUGUGUCGACUCCGCAAGUGAAGGGAUCAGAUGGCUGACCGCAAUCGGAACUGCCAACGCCUCCCACAUCACCAGAGUGCGCAUCUCCAUCCCUUCCGGAUACAACUGGUUGGACCUUGACAAACCACUUUCAGGGCACCAGUGGUGCGACUUCUUUGCGCUUUUAGUGAAGCGGGCACCCAGACUGCGGGAGGUGGUAAUAUUUUGGGAUUGUGAUGUUCACGAGUGGAAGGAGGGCUUUUUGGGUGGGGGAAGUGAUCCAGAUAUGUGUUUGGCGUUGGAGGAGUUGGGGAGGUUGCAUGAGUUGGUUUUCGCGGGGUUUUACGAUGAGGAGUGGCCGGUGUUUUUUGGUGAAAGGGUUGGCUUGAAGGUUACUGAGGUGAAGAGGGAGUUGGAGAUGAGGAGGGAGUUGAGUUUGGCAGAGAAGAUGUAUUUGGAUAAUCUAAGACUGUUUAGGAAACGGUCAUGA